AUGUCUGAAAGAGAGAAAAAGAAGUUACUGACUAAAUUGCAGUCUUUAUUUAAUGGGAUUUAUAAGAUUGAAGAUAACGGUUAUUUAAUUCAUCCUACUUUUCAAACCUUGCCAUUGAGAUCAGGUACCGACUAUUACAAGGUUGUACAAAAUCCUCUCUCACUUCACGCUGUGGGAAGAAAAUUGAAGAACUUGAAAUAUACAGAUGCUCAAGAAUUCAUCAAUGACUUGGCGUUGAUUUCGUGGAAUGCUAGAUUCUAUAAUCAUUCAAAGUCCGUUAUUUAUCGACAAGCUCAAAUUUUGAAACAGUACAUCACCGACGUGGUAAUUCCAAAAUUGAAGAGUGAUAAAGCAAUCUCAAAUGGACAUUCUUUGAUAUAUCCUCAUAUUGGAGACUUGCCUGAUGAUAGAGAUAGCGAUGAAUUACUGGGAUUUUCGUUUGACAAAGGAGACUCGACUCCUGGUAUAAGUGGAACAUCAAAUGCUGGAUCUAGAAGAGAUGAGUUUGAAAUGAGUGCAACUCCUCAAGCAGAUUCAAUGGUGGCAUUAUCAAAACCAUUGGUGUCAACUGGGUAUACUAGGCUGUCGUUCACUACCCCUACUCGUCCCACAAGACAAAAGCAUAAGGAUAACCAAAUUGAAAGUGGUAUUAGAAGAGGUCGUCCACCAAUUAUUGAUAAACCAUUUGAAACCCGUAUCAAGUUAAUUUUGAAAGGGUUUAAGAAAUUGCGUGAUAACAAUGGCCAACCAUUGACCAAACAUUUUGAAAAGCUCCCAGAGAUAAAAACCCAUGCUGACUAUUAUGAAAGGAUUGCUGCACCUAUUAGUUUGAAUGAAAUUAGAAUCAAAGUUAGAAGUAGAAAAUAUUCAUCGGUAGAAUUGUUUAUUAAUGAUUUGGAUUUGAUGUUUGCUAAUGCACAGCUUUAUUAUGAAAGUGAUCCUUACAGUGAAGAGUUUUUAGACUCCCAACAAUUUAAAAAAGAGGCUCACCUUGUGAUUCAAACUGAAUUGAGCAAAUCAGAUAAAGAAAUCAUACUUGCUACUUCGUCUUCGAGUGAUGGUGUAUUACGAUACCCAUUGGAAGUCUUGGAUAUUGGCGGGUACACAUACAAAAUUGGUAAUUGGGUGUUGGUGAAGAACCCAGCCGACCCAGAGAGACCAAUAGUAGGUCAGAUUUUCCGUAUGUGGUCCACUGAAGAUGGUAAAAGGUAUGUUAACAUGUGUUGGUAUUACCGCCCAGAGCAGACUUGCCAUGCGGUAGACCGUUUAUUUUUCUUGAAUGAAGUUUGUAAAACUGGUCAAUAUAGAGAUCAUUUAGUUGAUGAUAUUGUUGGCCCUUGCUAUGUUAUUUUUUUAACUAGAUAUCAAAAGGGUGACUUGCCAGAAGGUGUUAUACCGGAAUCUGCUCCAUGGUUUAUUUGCGAAUUCCGAUACAAUGAGAACACACAUGUAUUCAAUCGUAUUAGAACUUGGAAAGCAUGUUUGCCAGAUGAGGUUAGAGAAGAUCCUGAACAGCCUUUGAUUCCAUUAAAGGAGACGAGAAAAUUGAUCAAAUAUGAAUCUCCAAUUAAGGGAUUGUUGGCUCCUGAUGCUUAUAAAGGUAUGGAUAUUCCUGACGCUAUCCCUGGUACAGCUAAUUCGCCGCCAGUAUCAGGGUCGGUGUAUAUUGGUGCUCCAUUACCAAAUGAUGAUUUGGGGCAAUAUAUAUCCAGUCAAAAUGUUGUUGCUGUUCCCGAACAUGAUGAAACAAAAAGCGGUCGUCGUGCAUUCUUAUUCACGCCAAUUUCACAAUUAAAAGGUGGAGGUGGUUCCACAAAUACUGUAUAUGCAACUGGCCCAGCAGUACCUCAUGGAACUAUCAGCCAUGUCCCAGCAAAACCUAUUGCUGACAUUCCUGGCUUGACUCCUCUGGUGGCACGCAAUACCAACAUUUUAAUGAAUCGUGAAGAAAAACAUCAAUUACCAGGAAGUUAUAAACUGUUACAAGAACAAAUACAAGAAAACCAAGCUAAAAAGCAACAAGAACAACAAUUACAACAAUUGCAACAACAGCAACAUCAACAAUUGUAUAAAAAGACAUCUACACCAACACCAACAAGUAUUGCGCCAACGGGGACUACAUUUCAUACAUCGAUGUCAACAUAUUCUAAUCUUUUAGUUGGAGGGACUCUUGCUUAUGGAUUGAAUGAAAACAUAGGAGAAUUGGGUCAAUUUGUAAAUAAGAAAAGAAAAAUUAAUAAUGGAAGACAAGAUGAAGAAAUUUUAUUUUAUAGAGCACCACCACUCAAAUUAGUGGGGAACAAAAUCAUCACCAAUUCGAAUUUUGAAUUGGGACAUUCAGCUACUUAUUUAGCAUGGAAAUUGAAACAAAAUAAAUCAACUUGA